AUGGUGAGCUCAUCCUGGGAAAACCAAACAACCAUAGUGGAAUUUGUGCUUCAAGGAUUCUCUUCCAUCCUACAGCUAAAUAUUUCCAUCUUUAUGAUGUUUUUAGUUUUCUAUAUCUUAAGUGUCUCUGGAAACAUCCUAAUUGUCUUGCUAGUUUUGUUGAACUAUCACCUCCACACCCCCAUGUACUUCUUUCUGGUGAACCUGUCCAUUCUGGAGAUCUGGUAUACCUCCAACAUUGUCCCCAGGAUGUUGCUAAUUAUCAUAGCUGAACAGAAGACUAUCUCCAAGGCUGGCUGCCUGGCACAGUUCUACUUCUUUGGCUCUCUAGCUGCAACAGAGUGCCUCUUACUUGCUGUGAUGGCCUAUGACCGCUACUUGGCCAUCUGCCAACCUCUCCACUACCCCAUCCUCAUGACUGGUCCCCUCUGCAUCACGCUUGCUGCCAGCUCAUGGCUCUGCUGUUUCCUCCUCACAGCGAUCACCAUGGUCCUACUCUCUAGACUAACGUUCUGUGGAUCUAAUGAAAUUGAUCACUUCUUUUGUGACUUCACCCCUUUGGUCCAUCUCUCCUGCAUGGACACCUCACUGACUGAGUCCAUUGCUUUUGCCACAUCUUCUGCUGUGACUCUGAUCCCACUUCUUCUCAUCAUAGCCUCCUAUUCUUGUAUCCUUGCUACUAUUCUAAGAAUCCCAUCUGGCACAGGCCGGCAAAAGGCUUUCUCCACCUGCUCCUCCCAUUUAACCAUGGUCACAGUGUUCUAUGGGACUCUGAUUGCCUCGUACCUCACGCCCUCAGCCAACUCAUCCCAACUCUUGCGCAAAGGGUUCUCUCUGCUCUAUACCAUCCUGACGCCUAUGUUCAACCCCAUCAUCUACAGCCUGAGAAACAGAGACAUACAUGAAGCCCUGAAGAGAUGCUUGAGUAAGAAGCCAGCUUUCCUCAGAUGA